CCUCGUGGUUCCGGGUCUCGCUUGGGUUCUCCGAGCUGUUGGCAGAGAAACGGAGCCUCCGAGCCGGAGCAACCUCCCGAAACCCACAUGAAACCUGUUUCCCUUUCUUAACCCUGCUGUGAAACUCCGGCCUCGGGUCACUGGCAGUUUCUUUGAAACCUUUGCAGAAUCGGGUGUGAAGGUCGUGCCGCCGUGGCUGCGUUGGCGCCGGGAUUCGCACACCGGCUGAAGUCAGCUCAGAGACCUGCGAGGCUUUGUGGAGUCGAGAUGACCCACUCUUUGGUUUGUCCAGAGACAGUGAGCAGGGUAAGUUCAGUGCUGAAUCGCGAUACCCGGCAGUUUGGAAAGAAGCAUCUGUUCGACCAGAAUGAGGAGACGUGCUGGAACUCGGACCAGGGCCCCUCCCAGUGGGUGAUACUAGAGUUUCCCCAGCGCAUCCGUGUCUUCCAGCUGCAGAUCCAGUUCCAGGGGGGCUUCUCCAGUCGCCGGGGCCACCUAGAAGGCUCCCAGGGAAGUGAGGCUCUUAGCAAGAUUGUGGACUUCUAUCCCGAGGACAACAACUCCCUCCAGACCUUCCCUGUGCCAGCUGCUGAGGUGGACCAGCUGAAGGUGACCCUUGAGGACGCCACUGACUUUUUUGGCCGAGUUGUCAUCUACCACCUGCGGGUGCUGGGGGAGAGGGUGUGAGACCCGGUAGCUGACUUCUCCAGGAGGCCCCUGGGGAAGCGCAGUGAAGCCCUUCAAGUUACGCACAC